AUGAGGACUGCAGUGUUAGCUAUGGCUUUGUUGCUGCUAUCCCAGGUCAUUCCAGGGAACCCUGAAAGGUGCUGGAAAUCUCAGGGUGCCUGCCGCGAAGAAUGCACCAAGAACGAAAAGUUCUACAUCUUGUGCUGGAGUGGCAAAAUGUGCUGUGUGAAGCCCCAGAAGGUGCCGCAGCUGUCCCAGGAUUUGGACUAG